CAUUCUAAAAUACAUGGUCUAAUAAAAUUAUUUUAUUUCAUGAAAUAGGUAGGGAGUAACUUUCAACAUUGUUAUUUUAGGAGGAUUCAAUUUGUGUCCCGUUUGAUAGAUCAAAGAGACAAACUAUACCAUGGGAAAGACUUAAGAGUAUGCGUAAAUGACAUGCCGAAUCCGAAGCUGCGGAGAUUUCCGAACUUUAAAGCGAAUACACGCUCGGUUGAUCAUCAACGGCUUCAACUCCGACCGCCACGCUCUCCGACAACUCGUUUACGUCUCUGCGGUGGUUCUCUCGACGGCGAUUCGCUAUGCCCACAAACUGUUCGACGAAAUUCUCCAACCAGACCUCUUCAUGUGGAACACGAUGCUCAGAGGCUCUGCCCAGAGCCGCAGACCAUCUCUCGCCGUAUCAUUGUACGCAAAGAUGGAGAAACGCCACGUGUGCCCGGAUAACUAUACCUUUCCGUUCUUGCUCAAGGCCUGCACAAGGCUUUCUUGGGUGAAAACAGGGUUUGUAACUCACGGAAAGAUUGUAAAACAUGGGUUUGAAUCCAACAAGCAUGCUAGGAAUUCCCUCAUACAUUUCCAUUCCAAUUGCGGGGACAUAAAGAUUGCAAGUUGGCUCUUUUACGGUUUUGCGGCGAGGGACGUAGUUGCUUGGUCUGCUCUGACAGCAGGCUAUGCCCAGAGAGGGGAGUUGGAUGUCGCGAGGAAACUGUUCGAUGAAAUGCCGAUGAAGGACUUGGUGUCUUGGAAUGUGAUGAUAACUGGAUAUGUGAAACAAGGGAAGAUGGAUAGUGCAAGAGAGCUCUUUAAUAUGGUUCCAACAAAGGAUGUCGUGACAUGGAACACACUGAUCUCCGGCUAUGUUCAUUCCGGCGAGCAUAAACAGGCACUGGAGAUGUACGAGGAAAUGAGGAAGGCAGGGGAACAACCUGAUGAGGCAACCAUGUUAAGCCUUUUGUCAGCCUGCACCGACUCAAAUUCUCUGGAUGUUGGUAAAAAGAUUCAUUUCACAAUCACAAAGAUAAUCGGGACAGAUGAAUUAGGUGUCUUUCUUGGAAAUGCACUCGUAGACAUGUAUGCUAGAUGUGGGAGCAUCAAGAACUCAUUUCAAGUGUUUCAAAGUAUGAGAGAAAAGGACGUUUCGACUUGGAAUCUCAUCAUCAGAGGGCUAGCUAUCAAUGGUCACCCUAAAGAUUCAAUCUUUCUCUUUGAGCAGAUGAGGAGAAUGAAGCUGGCACCAGAUGAAGUCACUUUCAUUGGAGUACUAGUAGCUUGCAGUCAUUCUGGAAAAGUGAACGAAGGGCACGAAUACUUCAAAACGAUGAGAGUUGAGUACGGUAUUGAGCCGAACAUCAAACACUACGGAUGCAUGGUUGACAUGCUGGCGCGUGCUGGGAUGCUGCGCGAAGCCUUUGAGUUCAUAGGUGGAAUGGAGAUUGAGCCGAAUGCCAUCAUUUGGAGGACUGUGUUAGGGGCUUGUAAGGUUCAUGGUCAAGUUGAGCUAGGGAGGGCUGCAAAUGCGCAGCUGAGAAAAAUAGGAACAGGGGAGAGCGGCGAUUAUGUGUUGCUCUCUAACAUAUAUGCUUCGCGGGGCGAGUGGAGUGGCGCCGAAAGCCUGAGGAAGGAGAUGGAUGUUAGUGGAGUCUGGAAACAGCCUGGUUCUAGUCUCAUUGAAGCAGAUGAGAAAGCUUUCUUUAGCUUCUUGUUUGCUUGAUUUAUUCAGAAUCUAAAACAAUGUAAACAGAACCUAAGCAGAGUAAUUAUUCUUGAAUCUUGAUCGAGCUCACAAAAGAAAAAGUACCAAUAUUC